UGCGCACAUUGCCAAAUGUUUUUACACUCCACAGUGAGCGGCGUGUGUCAGUGUUAAGGUGAUUGGAGUGUAUUUUCCCGAUUAAAGAACAGUCUGACGACAAUUGCAAUGUGGCGCAGGUUGUUCGCCUCCGUCCCUGCUCUCAGAGCUCCUAAAGCGGCCUGUCGGAGUUUUAAAAGCAGCAGCAGGAGCGCUGAGAAGGACUUUACUAAAGACCUGGAGGCUCAGUUCCGGGCCUUCCGGGAGAAAGCGGCCGCGGCGAUGCCCGGCAGUGACUGGAGCCCGGUGGAGCUGACCCCGGGCCUGCCGCCUGAGAGGGCCGAUGUGGUGAUUAUAGGAGGGGGGGUCGUGGGAUGGUCCAUCGCAUACUGGCUGAAGAAGAAGAGUGCGAGGGACAGUGUGAGAGUGCUGGUGGUGGAGAAAGACCCUACGUAUUCGCAGGCGUCCACUGUGCUGUCAUGCGGGGGCAUCCGGCAGCAGUUCUCCCUGAAAGAAAACAUCCAGCUGUCAAUGACCUCGGCGGAUUUCUUGAAGAACAUUAAUGAUCAUCUCUGGCUGGCGAACGAAGACCCCGUGGAUCUGCAGUUCAAUCAUUCAGGAUAUCUCUUUCUGGCCAGUGAGAAAUCGGCUCAUAUCAUGGAGGAAAACUACCGCACUCAAAGAGACGCUGGUGCGAAGGUCGCCCUCCUGUCCCCGUCCCGGCUGAAGGAGCGCUUCCCCUGGAUCAACGCUGACGGGGUCGCUCUGGCUUCUCUCGGCCUGGAGAACGAGGGCUGGUUUGACCCCUGGUCUCUCCUUAACGCUCUCAGACGCAAGGCCCUGUCUAUGGGAGUCUAUCAGUGCUUUGGAGAGGUCACAGGUUUUAGAUGCUCUUCAAAUGUGGCCGAUAUCGCAGAUGGAGACUUUGUUGAUGUCAAAAGGAUAAAAUAUGUCAAUGUGCAGAUGCCCAACAGUCUGGAGUACCAGCCCGUGGAGAGCAGCGUUGUGGUGAACGCAGCCGGAGCAAACUCAGGGAAGAUCGCCGCCAUGCUGGGCAUCGGAUCGGGCCCGACAGAGUCCAUAUCUGCCGUUCCGUUUCCUGUGGAGCCCAGGAAGAGGUUUGUGUAUGUGGUGCAUUGCCCCGACGGCCCGGGGUUAGACACUCCGUUUCUGAUCGACUAUUCGGGGGUUUACUGCAGGCGAGAGGGACUGGGAGGAAAUUACAUCACGGGGAUGUCACCAGACGAGACAGAAGAACCAGACGUCAGCAACCUUGAUGUGGAUCACGAGUUCUUUCAAGAGAAGGUCUGGCCUCAUCUGGCCAAUCGGAUCCCUGCGUUUGAACGACUGAAGGUUUCAGGCGCGUGGGCUGGAUUUUACGACUACAACACCUUUGACCAGAAUGGCAUUGUGGGACUGCACCCUCUGGUGCACAACAUGUACUUCGCCACGGGCUUCAGCGGGCACGGGCUCCAGCAGUCUCCGGCGGUCGGACUCGCCGUGGCCGAGCUCAUCCUGGAUGGGGGAUUCAAGACCGUCAACCUCAGCGCCUUCGACCCGAGACGGAUCCUCCUGCGGGAGCCCAUGCUGGAGAGCAACAUCGUGUGACGACUGAAGAGCACACACACACACACACACACACACACACAGGACGGAGCCGCUGAACAUGAACGUUACAGAAGCUCAUCGCGGUUCAGACUCUCAGCGAAUCAGGAGGAAUUAUCAGGACAUUAAAGAGGAGCGUUAUAAAUGACUUAUGGUAGAGAUCAGGGAAUUAGUUUCUUAUUGCAUAUAUUUAAAUAUGACAUAGAUCAUGAGAUAUCAUAUUUUUUUAUAUUUGUCUUAUUUUCACUAUUUGAGAAAUGAAUACCAGAAAUAAUCAUAAACUUUAAAAGUUUGUCCUAAAAUGUAAAGCAGCCUUCAUGGACUGAACGUUAUAAAUCUGUUCAUUUUUAAAUGUCUGUUAAUAUGGAUGUGAAUAUUGUGGAAGAAUGCUGAAAAAAAAAUGAUUGUAGCAUUAUUUUAUUAAAAA